AUGGUUAUUAAAAAGGCUUUUGAAGAUUUUUAUCUAGAAAACUUCUUAAUAAUUAGGGAUUGCUUUAAUAGAAAUCAGUUUUUUAGUUUUGGAUUGAUAUUGUUUUAAUCCUUUUAAAUAGAGGGAAUAUUUCUUUGUGAAAAUAAUUUUGAACCUUAAAAAAGCGAAAAGAAAAGAGGAAUAAUGGAUGCCAUAAUUUGGAUUUUAAAAGCAUCAAAGUAAUUAUAGAAAUUUAAUUAUUAGAAUAUACCCUAUAUUUUAAUCUGAAACUAAUCUAAACCAAAUAUAUUUUAUUGAUGUUUGCUUUUUAAUAACUCUAAUAGUCAUUUUUCUAAUUAAUUUACUCAUUGCAAUUAAAAAGAAUAGUUAGCUAAAAUAGACAGACUAAAAAAUAAAUGGGUUGUUUUCUUUACAUUUUUCUGAUUUCCCCAUGAAAGUAUUAACAUUUUUUUAAUAAGAAUAGUAGUAAAUUAAAUAGUAGUUUAAUAUAAAACUGAUCAAAUUGAUUACCAAUUUAUUGUCUUUCUUUUUGUAAACAUACAAAUAUAUCAUCCAUUGGACGAUCAUUUAUUGCUCUCUUAAUAUUUUAUAUAAUUGUAUUGCAGAUGAUCAAUAAUUAAAUGAAAGUAAAUUCAAUUCUUAAAUUAGAUUGGAUUUAUACAUCAGGUAUAACAACAUCAAUAUUUGUGUUUUUAUUUUUCUUUUUGAUUGACCUCUUUAUGACGUUUCAUUUUUUUGAUUACAAAUUUAAAAAUUAAGAUUUUUUGGGCAAAAAAGAAUCUAACCUAGAAUUGGUAUUUAAUAUCUAUAUUUAUGCUUGUAUUAUAAUCAUAAUAUUUACUAAACAUGAAUACCCAAAUUUACAAUUAUUAUUAGGACUUAUUUUUAACUUUUUUUUAUUACUGUUAAGUACACUAUAAAUUUUAUAUAGAAGAUAAUAAAUAAAUACUUUUUAGUCAUUUAUUUUGGGUUAAUUUAUAUUUAUUUAUAUUGGAUAAUUCUGCUACAUAAAUAAUUUAUUCUCAAUAGAUUUUAUGAAUUUAUUGGUUUUUAUUUCUUCUCCAAUUAUAUUUGGAUUAUAAAUAAUAAUCAGAAGAGAGUAGUUAAAGAAACAUUUUACUUUGAGUCUUAAGGAUUCAAGAUAUUUGGAAUAAAAAUUAAGAGUUAUGUAUGAUUUGAUAAAAAUGACUUAUUUUAAAGAUUGGAGAACAUUUAAAAAACCUAUAAUUAGAACACAUAUAUCAUUGUAAUUACAUAGUUUAGCAGCUAAUCAUUUAAGAAAUUGUUCAGGUUAUUAAUUAGAUGAAACUUAACCUUUAUAUUUUAAUUUAACAAGAUAAUGUUUUUGUAAACAAUACUUUUAAUAUAAUGAAUAGAAAUCUAUUUAAUUUUGGAAAAGAGAUUUAGAUUAUGAAGCUGAAAAGAAAUACUUUGCAUUUAAUAAUGAAAAAUAAUUUAAACAGUUUUUGUUUGAUUUAAUUAAAUUUUAUUUCGAAAGGUUUUUAUAAAAUAAAUCAAUAAUGGAAAAUAAUGAAUAGUUUUCUUAUAUAUAUUUUCUUUUUUAAAUACAAAAAAAACCAACAAAAGCAUUUUAUGAAGCAAUGAAUUUAAAGUUUAAAGUGAAAAAGUUGAAUUAAAAAAGAACUAUGAUAAUUGAAUAAUUGAUUUAAGAUGCAAAACAUAAUUUUAAUUUGAUGAUUGAAAAAAAAGAUUUAAAAAAUUAGAAAUAUAAUUUUAAAUAAGUUUUUGAUUUUGAUUAAAAUUUAGACAUUGCAAAAUAAAAUUUUUAGAUAAUAUUAACAAAUUAUAAGAAAUGGUAUUAUUAGUUAUUAAAUUAAUAAUUAUAAUUGGAAUCGAUAAUAAAUAAGGGAACAGAAUUGCAAUAAUAAAUUUAAGUAUUAGAGAAAUAAUUAAGUAAUUUAUAUUAAUUAAAUCCUGUUUCAGUAGAAUUAGACACAAUAAUUUAUUUGUUUUAUAAAUACAUUAAUUUUAAUAUAAAAAGACCUAAAACAACAAAAAGAAAUUCCCCUUAUGCAAAUUAAUUUGUAUAAUCAAUUAAUUAAUAAGUAUUUUAAAGAGAUUCAUGUAUUAUUUACAUAUCAUUGAUGAAUUAAAGAGGUUCAAUAUAAAAUUAUACAAAAUCUUUUAAAUCUUUGAUAUUAGGUAAUGAUUAAGAGAUCAAAUAUUAAAAUAUUAAAUAUUUUAUGCCUGAUUCUAUUGCUUAACAUCAUGAUAUGUAUUUAGAUAAUUUUAUUGAAUUGGGUAGAAUGAAUAUUGUUAUGGCUGAAUAAAGAUUUUUAAUAUUAAAAAAUAAAGAAUCUUUUAUAAUUCCAGUUCAUGCUAAAGUGCGAUUGGAAAAUUAUUCAAAUAAUGAUUUUGGAUCUUCAGCAUUAGUUACAAAAAUUAAUUAAUAAAAUUAUUAUAUAGUCAUAAGUAAAUUUGGAAUUUUAGAAGAAUUAUCUUAAAAUUUUCAUGAAGAUAUAAUAAAGAAAACAUUUAAUUGUCCUCCAAGUUAACUUAAGAAUCUCAAUUUCUUGAGAAUUAUGCCAUGUUUACUCAAAGAUCUACAAAAAUUAUCAUAAACAUAAAAAAAUAACAAUGAUAUUGAUUUUGAAUUCAUAUAAUAAAAUAAAGAUGAAGUUAAUUAUGAUAUUUUGAAGGAAGGAAAUAUAUUAAUACCAAGACAAUUUAAUUUAUCUGAAUAAAUGUAAUUACUUAAAACAAGUAUGACAAAUGAUAUACAAUCUUAUUUUUAAUAAGAAUAAUUGUAAAGUCAUCUCUAUUUUUAGAAUGUUUAACAUUAUUACAUAUUUUAUGUAAAAUACAAAAUAAGAGUUAUGAAAACAAUAAAUUCAUUAUAUAUCAUAUUAGAUAUUUAAAAUCUUAAAAUGGUGAAAUCUGAACACUAAUUAAAAGUUUUGAAAGCAAUUUAAAAUCUUUGUAAUAUUGAUGGUUAAUCUAUUGCAAAAUAGCCUUAAACUCCAAAAAUUAAUUAUUUAUUUUAAGAAUUAGAAGGUAAGGAAAACUUUGAAAAAAACAAGUUUGAUUUAUUCAGAAAAUCAUAAUCAUCUGAAUUAAUAGAAAAAAAAUACUAUGAUAUGAAUUAAAAUUUAAUGGCAGAAGAUGACAUAAUGAUUGCAAAAAAAUAAUAAAAUAUAGAAGAAUUUAACUCAAAUCCUAAAAGAGAAUUAGUGUCAUAAACUAUUGAUUCAUAAUUAUUUUCAAAAUCUAAAGAUAAUUAAAAAUUAUUAUAGAUGGAUUUUGAUAAUUCAAAAUAAUUUUAAAGAUAAAAUAGUUUUCAUUUACCAUCAAAAAAUAAUCUUGAUGAUAUGGAUAUGUCUAAUAAGAAUUCUUAAGAUUCAAUAGAUUAAGAUUCAAGUUCUAAUUUAAAAAGUAAUAAUCAAAUUCAAAGAUAUUAAGAUGAUGGAGGUAGUUCAAUUGGUAGUUCAUAAUAAUAAUCAGAUUAUAUUAGUAAAAGAAGAAUGAUUAAGGAUGUUUUAUAUACUGAUCAUUAAUUCUAAAAUAAUACUACUAAAUAAGGUAUUUUAAUCUUUGGAUUAAUUUUAUUAACUAUAUUGUAUGUUAUCAAUCUUACUUUUAUCAUUAUUACAUAAGAUGUAUUUUAUAGAAUUUAAUUUAGAAACUCAUUUUGAUUGAAACAAAUAAACAUGUUUCCAAAAAUAUUGAAUGUGCCUUAAACCUUUUUAUUUUAUCAAAUCAAUAUGAAUAAAUCUUUCAUCAUUCUCAAACUGAUGUCUUUUGGUUUCAUUAAAUCGAAAAUAUCUCUAUAAGCAAUUACUAAAAAUAUAUAUAGAUUAUUUUAAAUGAAUAAAACAGUAUUAUACACUAAUCAAAUUUUAAUUAAUUAAGUAUUUAUUUCUUCUAUUUAAGAAAAUAUCACUUUUAAUCAAAAUAAUGAAACUAUAGAAUUAGAUUAAUUCUUCAUAUAUAAAUUGGUAGGCUAAAAGAUUAUCGAUUAUAUUAAUUAUUAAGUUUAUAACACUACUAGUAUAUCAUUUAUUAUAGAUAACUAUCUAGUACUUAUUGAUGAAAUGUUACAAAAUUUUAAUAUAUCAAUUACAGAUAAUAUUAAUGAACAAAUUAGUUUUAUAUAGACCUAACACUAAUUAACAAUUAUUCUUUCAGAAGUAAUUAUAAGUUUAUUAGUCAUUGUUUUGAUACCUUUGUUCUUAGUUAUAAAUAAAUAAAAGAAUACUAUUCUACAAUUCUUUACAACAUUUCCAUAAUCAGAACUUUAACAACAAUUUGAAGUUUAUUAAAUUUUAUUAGAAAAAUUAGUAGAAUCCAAAUUUUCAUAAUAAGAAACUAAUCAAUAUGAUAUUGAAAGUACACAUAUUAAAAAACUUGCCAAAAGUAUCAAAGGAAUCAAAGAAAUCAGUCAUAAGAAAUAAUAACAUGGAAAAUUAAAAACAAUUGUUGGAUCUAGUAAACUUAUUAUUUUAUAUAGAUUCAACACCUUUAAUAAUAUUUAGUAUCUUUUUAGUAUUACUAUUAUUUUCAAUAAUAUCAGCUUACUUUCUCACUUCUUACAUGGUUAAAUUUUAAUUUUUAAAUGAAUAUCUAAACUAGUUAAAACAGAAUAAUGUUUAUAGUACUUUGCAAAAUGAAAUUUUAAAAGAGAAUUCAAUAUAAAACAUUAUAAUAAAUAAUUUAAUAAAUCAAGACACAAUUAAGGUGUAACAUAAUUCAAGUAUUUAAAUUUAAGUUAUAAAAGUAUUAAAAUUAAUUUAAAAUCAAUAAGAAACUUAAAAUAGUGCUUUAGUUUAUUAUUCUUUAGAAUUGACUGAUAAUAUAUCCAAUGAUGAUGCUGAAUUAUUUUAAAUACUGUCGAAUAAUAUUUGUACUAUUUUCAAUAGUUAAUUAAUCUAACAUUUAUCUAUAUAAUAAUACUUAGAAUAUUUCUCUUAUGAAGUUUGUGAAUCUUUUGGUAAUUAAUAAGCUGGAAUUAGUGUAACUUUAACUGAUUUUAUCAAUUAAAUGAAUUAAUUCUAUGAAACUAUAAAAAUUUUUGCAAGUAUUUUUUGUAUAUAUUAAUUAGAUUAAAAAUUAGAUCCAGAAAUUCUAAAUUAGGAAUUGUUAUUAUUAAAUAAUUAAGAGAUGUAAGAAAUCUUUAUUUAUUUAACAUUUACUCUAUAAGUAAUAUCUGAUUAUGGAGAUUAUCAAGCUAAAAAUAGGAUUGAAAAUCAUUUUGUUACUUAAAUAAUUAUAUUUGUGAUAGGAGUAACUGUUGUUAGUGUUUUUACAUUUAUAACUGAAAAAUGUUAUAAGAAUUUAAUUUCAAAUUAGAUUAAUUAAUCAAAAUUGUUGUUAACUUUAAUUCCAUUUGAAGUACUAUAAACAAAUGCUUAUGUGAUGACAUAUGUCUUGUAGGAAUCUAAGAAAAUAUAUUUGUGA